AUGCAGCCCUCGGAGAUGUUUGUGGGGUCCAUUGACCAAGGCACGACGAGUACGCGCUUCCUGAUCUUCAACCGUGAUGGGGAGCCCGUAGCUUCACACCAGGUGGAAUUUAUUCAGAUAUAUCCCAACCCCGGAUGGCAUGAGCAUGACCCCCUAGAACUCGUGUCUUCCGUCGAGACGUGUGUCGAAGAAGCCGUCAAACAGUUCGAAUCCGAAGGACACUCGCGGCAUGAUAUCAAAGGCAUUGGAAUUACCAACCAACGCGAGACAACUGUGGUGUGGGACCAUGAGACUGGGGAGCCGCUGUGCAAUGCGAUUGUGUGGACAGACACACGUUCACAAGACAUUGUCAGUGAGUUGAAGGAAAAACGUGGGGCAUCUCAGCUGCAGCAACUCUGCGGCCUCCCUCUUUCGACCUACUCUUCCUCUACCAAGCUCCUUUGGAUGCUUGCACACGUCCCUGCGGUCAAAGAUGCUUUUGAACGAGGCACGCUGGCCUUCGGCACCGUCGACGCCUGGCUCGUCUAUCGCUUGAAUGGGGGGCACCAGGCUAAUGUGUUCGUGUCGGAUCCGACGAACGCAUCGCGCACAAUGUUCAUGAACCUGGAGACCCUUCGGUAUGAUAACACACUGCUUGAUUUCUUCGGAAUCCGGGGUAGGAUCCACCUACCGACAAUCGUUCCCUCAUCCGAUGCACAUGCCUACGGAGCGAUAUCGUACGGCGUCCUUUCGGGUGUCCCAAUCAUGGGCUGCCUGGGCGACCAAUCUUCGGCACUGGUCGGCCAGAAAGGGUUCUCCCCCGGUAUGGCGAAGAACACCUAUGGGACCGGAUGCUUUCUCCUAUACAAUGUUGGCGAUAAGCCCGUUAUCUCUACACAUGGGCUGUUGGCUACAGUCGCCUACCAUUUCGAUGGCAAGCCAGUCUACGCUCUUGAGGGGAGCAUCGCCGUUGGCGGCUCAGGGGUGAAGUUUUUGCAAAACAACUUAGAAUUCUUCCAAGACUCCAAAGAGGUCAACGACCUGGCACUCAGCGUUGAAGACAAUGGCGGCUGCGUGUUCGUCACCGCGUUCAGCGGGCUUUUUGCACCCUACUGGAUUGAUGAUGCGAAGGGAACCAUCUUUGGAAUUACACAAUACACCAAGAAAGGCCACAUCGCCAGGGCCACGCUAGAGGCCACGUGCUUCCAAACCAAGGCAAUCUUAGACGCCAUGGAAAAGGACAGUGGACAUGCACUUUCGGAACUGGCCGUUGACGGAGGGAUGAGCAACUCCGACCUCGCUAUGCAGAUCCAAGCGGAUCUCAUAUCCAUCCCCGUCUACCGGCCCAAGAUGCGCGAAACCACCGCCCUUGGCGCCGCCAUCGCCGCCGGGCUCGCCGUGGGACUCUGGCGCAACUUCGCCGAGCUCCGAGACAUCAACCGCGCCGGCGGCGCUGUGUUCGAACCGCAAGUCAGUCGCAAAGAGAGCGCCAAGUCGUUUGCUCUCUGGGAAAAGGCCGUGAACAUGGGCCGCGGCUGGGCUGGCGAUAGUAAGGAACCGCAAGCGCAGGUCCAGAUCCAAAACCACGAAACGAAAGAGGCCCCAGAGGUCCGCGUCAAGGUCAAUGCAUCGGCCAAGGUCAAUGGGGAAAUUGCGCACGUCAAACCGCCGUUGUUCAAUAUAUGUAGUGACCUGGAUGACGCGGACGAAGAGGAUCUCUAUCUGGAGCUCAGAAGGGUGGAAAUUCUGCAGAGGAUGAAGAAGUUGAGGAAGGUGAAGGUGACAUAUUUGUAA